AUGUUGUUCAAGCUCCUAGCAGCGACAGCUGCAUUAACCGGCAAUGCCGUUGCUCACCCUCUAUCCUGCAACAGCUCCGCCCCUCAACCCUGGGGUUUCUUCACAAACAAUACCAUCUAUCAGACCUCCGGUCAAGAAGGAAUAACCUACCCUCGCUACACCGAGCUCCAAGACGGAACCAUCAUCGCCACUGCUUCCCUCUCCGGUCACAACCCAAACUACUUCCCCAUCUUCGAGUCCAAAGAUGGCGGCGCAUCUUGGGAGCACGUAUCCGAUCUUCAUGACACAGUCAACGGCUGGGGGUUCAGUGCUCAACCCGCCUUGACAGAAUUAACAGAACCAAUGGCUGGCUAUGAGGCUGGUACUAUCCUAGGAAGCGGAAACAGUUGGAGCAACAACGGGACGAGGAUCGAUUUGUACGCUAGUAGGGAUGGCGCGCGGACGUGGGAGUUUGUGAGCCAUAUUGCUGAAGGCGGAAGACCGAAUACUACAAACGGCGCAACACCAAUCUGGGAGCCCUAUCUACUACAAUACGAGGGCCAGCUCGUCGCCUACUACUCGGACCAACGCGACCCCCUCCACGGACAAAAGCUCGCCCACCAAACCUCCACCGACCUAAAAACCUGGGGCCCAGUCGUAAACGAUGUAGCCUAUGAGGAGUACCUCGCCCGCCCCGGUAUGACAGUAGUAGCAUUUAUUCCGCCCCUUAACCAAUGGAUACUCGUCCAUGAACUUCCCAUCGGAAACUCCUCAUCCUACGGUUCAAACUACCCCGUCUACUACGUCAUGGCCGACAGCCCCCUCAACUUCCGCAAUUCCGUCGGCAGACCCAUUGUCAUCAACAACUCCACGGUACCGAAUGCGAGUCCGUAUGUUGUCUGGAGUCCGCUUGGUGGACCCAAUGGCACGAUUAUCGUGUCAGAUGCCGAUCGUAGGCAGGUAUAUACGAAUUCCGCCGGUGGAGCGGUGGACAAGUGGGAGGAACAUGCUACACCUGCUGGUGCGGUGUAUUCCAGGGCGAUUCAGAUUUUCAAGAAGAGGCCAAAUCAUCUUUUGGUUUACGGAGGCGAGACGUACGAUGACAGGGGGAAGGGAUUGUAUACGCCGUUUUCCGCGACGGUAGUAAGGCUUGAUGAGGUGCUCAAGGCGCCGGCGACAGAGUAG